GCGCAUAGAAGUCUAUGGCUGCUCGUACUGUGAAGAAGAUGAAGAUCAUUAAAGAUGUGAUUGCACUAAGGUUCAAGACGUCAGAGAGCGAGGGUGUGAUUCUCCAUGGGGAGGGCCAACAGGGAGACUACAUCACCCUGGAGCUUCACAAGGCCAAGCUGCUGUUACAGAUAAACCUGGGCAGUAAUCAGUAUGGCUCUAUCCUGGGUCAUACCUCUGUGACCACCGGCAGCCUCUUGGAUGACAAUCACUGGCACUCGGUGGUGAUCGAACGCUACCGUCGUAAUGUCAACUUCACCUUGGACAGACACACCCAGCACUUCAGGACCAAUGGAGAGUUUGACCACCUUGAUUUGGACUAUGAGUUAAGUUUUGGGGGGAUGCCAUACAGUGGGAAGCCAGUGGGAGGAGGGAGGAAGAACUUUAAAGGCUGCAUGGAGAGCAUCAACUACAAUGGAGACAACAUUACAGACCUGGCCCGUCGAAAGAAGCUAGACACCUCCAGCUUUCGUAACCUGUCCUUCUCCUGUGUGGAGACCCACACCUUCCCGGUCUUUUUCAAUGCCACCAGCUUCCUGCAGCUGCCGGGUCGAGCCAAUCACAACACAAUAUCUGUGAGCUUCCAGUUUCGUACGUGGAAUCCCGACGGGCUCCUCUUCUUCAGUAAUCUUGACGAUGGCACGCUGGAGAUCUCCCUCGAGGACAGCAAGGUUGCAGUUCAUAUCAAUGUGACGAAGGCGACCACGAACAACCGGGUAGACUUAUCGUCAGGUACAGGCCUUAAUGACGGCCAAUGGCACGCAAUACGUUUGGUCGCCAAGGAGAACUUUGCCAUGUUGACAAUAGAUGGCGAGGAGGCGUCUGCUGUGCGCUCCACCUCACCUCUCACCAUCACCACGGGAGGAACCUAUCACUUGGGAGGGUAUUUCCUCCAGACGCUGUUCCCGCCCUCCCAGCGUUCCUUCCAGGGCUGCAUGCAAGCGAUCUUGGUGGACGACCAGCCAGCUGAUUUGCAUGCUGUGGAAAAGGGCACUAUGGGAGCUUUUGAGAAUGUCAGCCUAGACAUGUGUGCAAUCAUAGACAGAUGUAUGCCUAAUCACUGUGAACACGGCGGCCGGUGUAAACAGACGUGGGACGGUUUCAGCUGUACAUGUGACGGAACAGGAUACACUGGAGCCACCUGCCACACUUCUAUCUAUGAGCCAUCAUGUGAAGCUUAUAAGCAUCUGGGCAGGUCCUCUGACACCUACUGGAUCGACCCUGACGGCAGCGGACCCCUUGGCCCCUUCAAAGUCAAUUGCAACAUGACAGAGGACAAAGUGUGGACAACAGUAAUGAACAACCUGCCACCCAAAACUGUCGUGACUGGCUCCAGUAGAGAGAGACGCACCGUCUUACAGGUUAACUACAGUGCCUCUAUGGAACAGGUGACAGCCAUCACCACCAGUGCAGAAUACUGUGAGCAGCGAAUCGCCUACAGCUGUCGCAUGUCCAGACUGCUCAACACUCCAGGCCAGUUUUGA